AUGGCCUGUCCAAGCACGCAGGCCUAUCAUGAGAAAGGCGCGUACCUUGGAGAGAUCUGGGCUUGGUUCGUCGUGGGAACGAUUGUCCUGUUCGCGAGAACGGCUAUACGGUUACGAACGGUUGGAUGGCGAAAACUCCAGGGCGAUGAUUAUAUGGCUGUGGCUGUUUGGCUGUGCUUCAUUUGCGACUCGGUCACGGUCACGAUCGUGUACGAGUUCGGAUCCAACCUCGACUUCACCGCGGAUCGUUUACAACAGAUGAGCCAUUGCGAGAUUGAGAAGAUCAGGAUUGGAAGUCAGAUGCAAUUACUGGCAUGGUAUACCUAUACCGGCCUCAUCUGGGCACUGAAAGCAAUGAUGCUAUUCUUCUUCAACCGACUCACAUUCGGUCUCUACCAACAACGCCUCGUCAAAAUCUUCGCCGUCAUCUGCGGCGUUACCUACGCCGCCGUGUUUCUCACCAUCAGCUGCGGUUGCUUCCCAAUCCAAAGGAACUGGCAGGUCCUUCCUCAGCCGCCCAAGAAAUGCACGAUGAAGCUGCAGAACUUCUACGUCACGACAGUCUUGAAUGUUCUGACCGACGCCAUGAUUCUCGUCAUUCCUGUGCCUUUGCUUUGGGGCAUGAGAGUUCGUUGGACUAGGAAGGUUGCCUUGAUGCUCUUGCUGUGCUCGGGAAUCUUCGUCAUCACAGCUGCUAUCAUGCGUAUUUCGUUUACGUUGGCAGGCGUCAACGCGCUCAACAUCAAUCGAUGGGGUACGAGGGAGACGAUUGCUGGUAUCAUUGCUGUCAAUGCACCAAUAUUAACGCCUCUCUUCAAAAAAAGCUUCUGGAAGCGAGGAUGGCCAUCAUCACCCCGUGUCUCAGCAUCGCCAAUGGAUCACAGCCCAAAUCCUCAUCGCACUAUCGGAUCGGCAGAGCAGAAGAACAAGGUCAAUCAGUACGAGAUGUUUGACUUACAGCUACAGAGCCUGUUCGAUGAUCGGGACGAGAAGAAGGACGACAGCAUCACCACCAUCAUCAAGAAGACAGAAGUGGACAGUAAGAUAUCAUCUAGUCGAGCAAGCGAUGAUAUCUCUGUUGAUCGCACGCAAUCCGUAUCGUUCAAGACAGACUCUCGACCGCAAGACUGGGAUGUCGAGUUGGGAUAUCCCCAAGGAAAUAUAAGAGUCGAUACGACGUUCGAGGUCUCCAGCGAGACUCUAUCCCCGACGAUCACCCAGCCUGCGCCUGCAGUAGUCAGGUCACCGCCCAGUCGAGCAUCAGAUCUAUGUCUCUUGCCUUCAAUCAGCGAAGGCAGCUACAGUAACCCAGCCGAAGCCGAAGCAGCCAGGAAGGACUCGAUUACAUGA